AUGGCAUCUCAAUAAUAAUAAUAAUAAUAAUAAAGUACUCAAUAGUAGCCCUAACAACAAAAAUAACCUAUUAGAUAACCAGAUGUUAAAACCCAACUCAAAUAACUUUACGAUAAAUCUAGUAUUUAAUUUGAUGAUGAAACCAUUUAAUUAUGUCCAUAAAUUUAAAUAUUGAAUAAUUUAGUGAAGUAAUAAUCAUACAACUUAUUUAAAGGUACGAGAAUAGAAUAGAUCAAAUGAUUAAAAAUAAGCGAGUUGAUUUAUAAGAAUCUUUCAUUUAACCAGGACAAUAUCUUAAAAAGACCCUUAGAAUUAUUGUUUACUCUGAAUUAGUUUGUGAUGAAUGGAAUCUUUUCAUCAAAGGAUAAGUACUAUCAGAGGAUAAAAAACCUUUCUCUUAUUUUAUUAGAUAACUUGAAGUCUAAUUUGAUAAAACAUAUUAUCCUUCCUAAAAUAUAAUUCAAUGGAGUAGAAAUCAUUUACAAUAAUAAUAAUAGUAAUAAUAAUAAUAAUAACAAUCAUAAUCAUAAUAAUAAUAAGAAACAAGUGGAUUUCAUAUUAAAAGAAAAGGACCAUCAUGUGAUGUAAUUAUUUAAAUAAGUCUUUAAACUUAUCCAUAAAAGUAUAAAUUACAUAAAACACUUUAACAAUUACUUGGAAUUAAAGAAGGUACAAGAUCAUAAAUUUUAUAUUGUUUUUGGGAAUAUGUGAAAGUAAAAAUUAAUAAAUUAUAUUCAUUAGUUAAAUAAUUUGACUGAUAAGGAAAGUAAAGAUUACAUAAUAGCUGAUGAAUAAUUAAAAUAAUUAUUUGGAUAAGAACGUAUACCUUUAUCUAAUUUGAAUAUGUUAUUAAAAAUGUUUAUAGAAAAUCCAGAACCUAUUGUAAUAAAACACCAUUUAGGAGUUAGCAAUUAUAUUGGAUUUGAUGUUGUAGUAGAAUAAGAAAUGAGUUAUUAACCAGAAUUAAUGCCAUUUUUAGCUUAAAAGGUAGUGACAGAAGAUAAUUCAGAAAAGAAAUAAUAGAGAGCAGAACAUCCAUUUAUAUAAUUAAAUUAGAAAAUUAAGGGAUUUGAAAAGUAGAUUCAAAAAUACAUAGAGUAAAGUAAGAGCCAUAAAUUAAAAAGGGAUGCUUAUUAUUAAUAUUAAAAGAAUCCAAGUUUAUUUUUGGAAAAUUUAUUUUUACAAUAAAAUUCAUUUCUGGAAUUAAUGUAAAAUGAUGAUGAAAUGCGUAAUGAAGAUCCAAAAAACAUGAAAUUCCUAAUGAAAAAUUAAGAAUUAGUAGAGAGAUAGAUUCGUAAAUAUUUGGAACAACAAUAACAACAACCAUAAUAAUAAUAAUAAUAAUGA